AUGGCGUGGGAGAACGUCAAGAAACACGCUAGAAGACUGUCUGACUCCUUCAAUCUGGGUAAUCAAUCACCAAGAUUGCGCCAAUUUGAACCAGAGAAUGUCGCUCCACCAGUCAAACUGAAAUUGGGCGAGACGGUUCUUGUCUAUGAAGAUCAUCAAUGGAAACGAGGUGACGGAUCAUCUGAAAAGUCAGCCAAGAUGGUAGAUCAACUUGCGGAAAGGAAUCGUGUCUUGGAGGCCGAGAAUCAGCUACUCAAGUUCAAGGUCAAUGUACUGCUAGAUAUGUUGGCAGGCACGAAGCUCGAUUUAUUAGAAAUACAGAAAGAAAUAUCGGCAUAG